AAAAAUAUACAAACAACUCAAAAGGCCAACGAAUGAGCCAAGUUAGUACGAUUUCUGGUACCGGACUGACAUGUACUAACCGCGCUUAAAAAGCGGAUGACGCUCGCGUGCGUUCCACAAAAACAACAAAAACAGUAACUGAAAAGCCACAGCAACAACAACAACGGCGUUGCGGGGCUAUUGUUAUUCGUACGUUUAUUUUCCACAAGCGACAAAAAAAAUAGAAAAACGGUCUGUGAGAAUCAAAAAGAACGGAGCGAAAGAAAGCCGUCUUAAAAAUAAAAAUCGAAGAGGAGCGAGAAAGCACUAGACCAAAGGCGGCGGCUGCCAGAAGAGGACGGAGAGAACGGCGAAGACAGACGGAGCUUCAGGCGUCGAUCGAAGCCUCUACCGGGAUUGGACGACACCAUGGUGAACCACCACUCGAACGGAGGCGGCAGUGCCGGAAACAGUAGUGGAAGCCUAAGGGGAGGAGCACAUGGAGGCGGCGGCGGAGGAGGAGACUAUUCUGGAGACGAUCGCAGUGGAGGCGGCGAGGAGCGGGAGCGGCUGGAAAGUGAUUUGCACGACAAGCCCACCUACCUGCUGGAGCACCUGGCCACCUUCACGGUCAACAAGGAGUCCGGUAUUGUGUAUCCGGCGGACGGAAUGAGGCGCCUCCUACAGCUGGAGAAGACCACGGGCAUUUGGUCGCAGAAGAUGCAGCUCUGCCUGGACUACCAGUGGGUGCUUAUUAUGGACUAUGAAACGGGGAACAUCAUCGAACGAUUCCCCGCCUCCUUGGUCCAGGAGCCCACCGCAUUCACCUCGAAUGACGCCAUGGAGCUAUACAACAACAUUCUGGUCUUUAUCGUAUCCGGAGGCGGUGGUUCCCGCUCCGAGAUGCACAUAUUCCAGUCACAAAGCGUGUCCGCCGUUCACCUAGUUGAGGAUCUGAAGCAGUUGAGAAGCGGCAAGAUGAUAACGCAGCAGCGCGGUGCCACACCCACUCAAUCCGGAGGCGGAGGAGGUGCCUCCAGCAUGGCCAUGAUGAUGAGCAAAACCUCCUCGUCCUCGUCGCAUAGUAGAGUGGAGUUGCACCAGCACAGGGAGCAGCGGGCAGAGCGCGAGCGAGAGCGGGAUCGCGACCGUGAGCGGGAAAGCCACCAUCACAUGCACCAAAGGAGCAGCAUGGAGCAGUAUGGAAUCCGUGCCGGAGUAGGAGUUUCUGGCGACGAUGUGGCCCACAUUAGUGGCGAGACGGAUUCGGAACACGGUGGCAUUGGAGGCGGUGGCGCAGCGGAGCGCGAUGAGACUAGCUCUACGUCCAGCGAGAAGUACGAGCGGGAUGUGGCCGUGCUGAAUCACUGUUUCGAUGACAUUGAGAAGUUCAUAGCUCGUCUUCAGCACGCCGCUGCCGCUUCCCGGGAACUGGAGCGCCGUCGUCGCAAUCGGAAGUCCAAGAAAAGGGAUCCGGGGGAGGGAUUGCUCACUUUGAGGACGCGGCCACCCCACGAGAAGGAGUUCGUGGACAUCUUUGCCAAGUUUAAGCUGUCGUUUAACCUGCUGGCAAAGCUGAAGGCGCACAUCCACGAUCCCAACGCCCCCGAGCUGGUGCACUUCCUCUUCACGCCGCUAGCUCUGAUUGUGGAGGCCUCCAGCGACACGUACUACGAGUCACAGCUACCGGCUCGUGUGGUCAAUCCCCUGCUGACCAGAGAGGCCAUCAACCUGCUCAUCAACUGUGUAACCAGCAAGGAAACGGAGCUGUGGCGCUCAUUGGGCGAUGCCUGGGUUAUCCCGCGAGAUCAGUGGAAGGAUGAUGUGGGCUCCUACCAUCCGGUCUUCCUCGACGGCUGGUCACCGGACUAUUUGAUCAACGAUGAACUGGAGCCACCACCAAAUUCCCCGCCCGCUCAUGUAAGCAAGCGCAGACUUGAGGUCCAGGCUGGAUCCGGACUAAAUGGUCGUGGAGGAGCUGGAUACGAUGACUACGACUCGGGGAACGGGAUGAAUAUGGCCAUGGGUAUCGAGAAGUACACCAUCCACCACGGCAACGACGGCUUGAGGGAGCGGGAAAGGGAAAGAGAACGCGAUAGAGAUCGGGCGGGAGCCAUCAGCGCGUCUGACUUUAACGCCCGCAGCGAGCUAUCGUUCGACUCGAUUGAAGGCAGAGGCGGGGGAGCAGCGGGACAUGGACAUGGUCAUGGCCAUGGACCAGGAGCUGGACCCACCCUCAGCGCCAUCACAGCUGGUCUGCAGAAUCUGCAUACGAGGGAGUCUCGCAGUGGAAACGGGUACGGGGGAGGAGCCGGUCCCGGGCCUUCGUCUGAGCUGGGCGGUGGAGGCAGGGGUCUGCCGAACGUCAGCGACGACCAGAUGCUCGAGUCUUGGCUGGAGGAUCUGCAGGCGACGGGAGCCAAGAUUGUGCUGGUCACCUAUCCGCGCACAGCCAACAACGACAAGGAGCUUAGCGUUAUGCGAGGCGAAUACUUGGAGAUCCUUGACGACACCCGAAAGUGGUGGAAGGCGCGCAACAUGCGGGGGCAGGUGGCUCACGUGCCGCACACGAUUGUGACCCCCUUUAAUUUCGGGGAUGGAGAUGGAGCCCAGUUCUACGGGCAACAACAGCAGCAGCAGGCGGGGCCAACGGGUCCGGGCAACAAGUCGCGAUCAGGGGAUAAUCCCGGCAUGGAACAGCGAUCGCCGGAUCCCACCGACAUGAUGCGCAGCAAGCAUCUUGGCAAGAAGGGCGAGUUCCGCUACUUCUAGGUUGGACAUACGAUUACCAUACACAUAUUCCGUAGUGAGGAUCUAGCGUUAUAGAGAGACAGACAUCAGCAGUUCCGUCUAGGAUGCUAAUCCUGGUCACCAGCGAUCGGAUUGGCUCCAAUACUUUGCACUCGCUCGCAGGAGUGUGCAAACCAGAACUAACCUUAAGACUAACCUAAGUGGAGCUCCAGAUGGGAGCUGUUGAGCAGCACGUGGCUCCUGCUGAUGCGGAUGCUUAAGCUGAUGCUGAUCCAGGCAAAAAGGGGAGGCGACGGCAAUAAUUUGUUUUAAUAAAAUUAUAUCCAAAGGA